AUGCAUGUUGGCGCUUUUAAAUCAUUCGGGAACGUAGAUGCAGAAUUUGUAACCCGCCCUGCGCUGCGAUGCUGGGGUAUCGGAUCUGUUCCGCCCCCCCGCCUCUUCCAGACCCUGCUGUCUUUCCUCAAUCCCGGCGCCAACCGGCUCCGGAACCUGAUCUGCGAGGUGCUGGACAUGGACCUGAUCCGGCAGCAGGUGGACAACGAGGCCCUGGACAUCCGCGCGCUGGCCGACUACAUCGUCUUCAUCAUGGGGAAGCUGUGCGCGCCCGUGCGGGACGAGGAGGUCCGGAAGCUGAAGGAGAAUUCUGGGAGCGUCGUGUCCCUGUUCAGGGAGAUCUUCCGCGUCCUGGACCUUAUGAAGAUGGAUAUGGUCAAUUACACCAUCCAGAGCCUCCGGCCUCAGCUCCAGUACCACUCCAUUGAGUACGAAAGAGCCAAGUUCCAGAGCAUCGUGGAGAAAACUCCCAGUGCGCUGGACCACACGACUGAAUGGAUAAAGGAGACGAUAGAGGAGUUGAUGUCUGCCAAGCCCGUCGCCACCCAGGAGUCCGGACCUCCGAAAGCCACCAGCGCCAUCCCCAGCCCGAUUGUGGUACUGAACACGGGUUACGUGAAGCUGCUGAGCUGGGACUACCGGAAGAGAGCGCUGCCGGAGACCCUGAUGACCGAUGAGGUCCGUCUGCGGGAGCUGCAGCAGAGGCUGGGCCUGCUCAAGGCUGUGGCUUGCGUCCUGCUCGUUGUCUACAAUACCGUCGGCGGGUCCGUCUCGGGGCUGCCUGCGCUGGCAGACCGGCUGAAGAGGAUCGCCAGCAUUCUCCUGGAGGGCAUGCACAGCCCGUCCUUUAACAUGACGGAGGCUCUUGAGAAUGUCAGUACUCAGAUUUGUUCAGAGCUGAACAAGUCUCUAUCUGAGCGUGGCUAUCCUGCCCUGCCUGCUGAGGUCCAGCUCUCACUGAAGGGACAGAUCUGCAGCAUUACUGAGGAGAACAACCCCAUCAGCAGCCUGAUAGAUGAGAGGGUCCAGCUUUACUUCGGACGCUUCCUUUGCACUCCCAACUCCCACCCCGCCCCCCCCACCGUUCCCGGAGGCCUCUCCUUCGUUCAGCCGGAGCUGGCGGAGCUGGGAGCCCACUUCGCCAGGGUGGUGCGCUUCAACAUGCAGGUGUACAGCCCCUUCUACACCGGCAUCAUGCGGAAGCUGCUGUUCAGCGCCGCGCCAGGGCCCGCGGCUGCCGGAGCAGCCCAGGCCCCUGUAGCCACUGGCUGAGCGGCGCCGGACCAUGCCUUAUGGACGCGGUGGACACGUCCCACGGCCUUGCAUGCGUUUGUAUUUAACUGUUGCCCAGUUACGAGAGAGAUUCUAUUUUUAGACCUGGAAUAUCAUGUUUUGUGUUGUCCCAACCAUUAUCCCCCUGCUUCACAGUCGAGCCCCGAACUGCAUCCUGAUUCCCGAACAUCUGGUCCUUACAUUAGCCUUCUCGUUUGAUGCUAGGAUGUAGUAUCACGUCUGUGUGCGUUGACCGUUGCGUCUAGGAUCUGUUAAAGUAGCCCGUGCAGUAGCUGUAGUAACUACGUCUGCUGGCGUCAUGUUGGAUGUGCUGCACCUGUACAAAGUCCUGUGUGGUGUUGGUUACAUUUCAGUUGUGGUUAGCGUGAAGCCUGGGGAAACGUGUUGCGUUUUGCAAUGCAGGCACGAGUGGUUGGUGUGCUAAAAAAAGAUGUCAUUAAUGACCAGUCCUGCCAGUUAUGUUCUUUUGGGAGAACGUUAUUUAAAUAUUUAUGUACACGGAUCGGAAAAUAAAUAGGGUACAUUCUCGUUACAAAACGGAAUUGCCAUUUAUAUAUUUUUAAAAUAAAGGGAAAUUGUAUAUACCAUUUUACAGAAAUAUUAAGAAUAUUCUAAUUUGACCUGAUGGAAGUCCUUAAUGCUUUAUCCAACUUGCAUACUAAAGUGAACAAAUGUAUAGCACAAAGACUGAAGAGAAAAUUAAAUGCCAAUUUUCGUACCAGCAAAAGGCUUCAUGUUUUUGAUUGAAGAUACCAGAUUUGGUCAGAAUGAUGCAAUCAAAUAAGUUUUUACAAUGCAAGAUGUUCUUUUAAAAAAA